UUUCCUCGUGACCUUUCACCCCAGCAUGGCUGCGCCCGUGGGACCGGUCAAGUUCUGGAGACCCGGUACAGAGGGACCAGGCGUCAGCAUCUCUGAAGAGAGACAGAGUCUAGCUGAAAACUCUGCAACCACUGUUGUUUACAAUCCUUACGCUGCGCUCUCUAUAGAGCAGCAGAGGCAGAAGCUGCCAGUGUUCAAGCUUAGGAAUCAUAUACUAUACUUAAUAGAAAACUAUCAAACAGUGGUGAUUGUUGGAGAAACAGGAUGUGGGAAAAGCACUCAGAUUCCACAAUACCUUGCAGAAGCUGGCUGGACAGCCGAAGGAAGAGUGGUGGGAGUGACCCAGCCUCGAAGAGUGGCUGCUGUGACCGUUGCAGGGAGAGUAGCUGAGGAAAGGGGUGCGGUGUUGGGCCAUGAGGUGGGCUACUGCAUCCGCUUUGACGACUGCACCAACCCGCUGGCUACGAGAAUUAAGUUUCUGACUGAUGGAAUGCUGGUCAGGGAGAUGAUGGUUGAUCCAUUGUUAACAAAAUAUAGUGCCAUCAUGCUGGACGAAGCCCACGAGAGGACCUUGUACACCGACAUUGCCAUUGGUUUGCUGAAAAAGAUUCAGAAGAAGCGAGGGGAUCUUCGAUUGAUUGUGGCUUCAGCCACGUUGGAUGCAGAGAAAUUUCGGGAUUUCUUUAAUCAGAAUGACACCAGUGACCCAACCAGGGAUACGUGUGUGAUCCUUACGGUGGAAGGGCGAACAUUUCCAGUGGACAUCUUUUAUCUGCAAAGUCCUGUUCCAGAUUAUAUCAAAUCAACUGUAGAAACUGUGAUGAAAAUUCACCAGACAGAGGGAGAUGGAGACAUACUAGCAUUUCUUACUGGCCAGGAAGAGGUGGAAACCGUCGUGUCUAUGCUGAUCGAGCAGGCUCGAGCACUGGGUCGGACUGGGAUGAAGAGACACCUCCGGGUUCUCCCCAUGUAUGCAGGUCUGCCUUCCUUUGAGCAGAUGAAGGUGUUUGAAAGGGUGUCACGCAGUGUCAGAAAGGUGAUAGUGGCCACCAACGUGGCAGAAACCUCCAUCACAAUCAGCGGGAUUGUGUAUGUGAUUGACUGUGGUUUCGUGAAACUCCGAGCCUACAACCCUAGGACAGCUAUUGAGUGCUUGGUGGUGGUCCCAGUGUCCCAGGCAUCAGCCAACCAGCGAGCAGGACGUGGUGGCCGCAGCCGCUCAGGAAAAUGUUACCGCCUUUAUACAGAGGAAGCCUUUGAGAAGCUGCCUCAGUCCACCGUUCCGGAGAUGCAGCGGAGCAACCUGGCACCCGUCAUCCUGCAGCUGAAAGCGCUGGGAAUCGACAACGUCCUCAGGUUCCACUUCAUGUCUCCCCCUCCGGCACAGUCGAUGGUUCAGGCGUUGGAGUUACUCUAUGCUUUGGGAGGUCUGGACAAAGACUGUCACCUAACUGAACCGCUUGGCAUGAGAAUAGCAGAGUUUCCUUUGAAUCCCAUGUUUGCAAAAAUGCUGCUUGAAUCAGGAAAUUUUGGCUGUUCUCAGGAAAUUCUAAGCAUUGCAGCCAUGAUGCAGAUCCAGAAUGUCUUUGUGGUCCCCUCAAACCAGAAGUCUCAGGCUAGUCGAGUGCACCGAAAAUUUGCUGUAGAGGAGGGCGAUCAUCUGACCAUGCUCAACGUGUAUGAAGCCUUCAUCAAACACAAUAAGAGCUCUCAGUGGUGUCAGGAGCAUUUCCUGAAUUACAAGGGUCUCGUCAGAGCUGCGACAGUGAGAGAGCAACUGAAAAAGCUACUCGUCAAGUUUCAAGUGCCCAAGAAAUCUAGUGAAGGUGAUCCAGAUCCGGUCCUGAGGUGCAUUGUUUCCGGAUUCUUUGCCAAUGCAGCAAGGUUUCACUCUACUGGAGCUUAUAGGACCAUCCGUGACGAUCAUGAGUUGCACAUCCACCCUGCGUCGGUCCUCUAUGCAGAGAAGCCGCCUCGCUGGGUCAUCUACAAUGAAGUUAUACAGACCUCCAAGUAUUACAUGAGGGACGUGACUGCUAUUGAAUCGGCUUGGCUGUUGGAGCUGGCUCCGCACUUUUAUCAACAAGGGACACACCUGUCCCUCAAAGCCAAGAGGGCCAAGGUCCAGGACCAGUGAGCAGAGCUGGGCUGCGGCCGCAGGUACGGCUUGCUACUAUCCUCUCCUCCACGCGGCCACGCCCGCCCAGGGUGGGUGAGCCGGCGUCGGCUCGUGUGGAAUCUUCAGCUGUUCCGCAGCCCAUUCGAAGCCCCUGCCCGCCCAGUCCCCUCAGCAUCCGCCUCCCUCGCUGGGGUCCCAGAGGAGUUUGUGCCUGGACGGGCGUCCCGCCAUGUGGGAGUUGGAAGGGCCAUGCUCCUGGCUCACCCAGCACCCUCCCUGACCUGGCAUGCCACUUCCAGCAGGCCCGUCCUGGCCCAGUUCACAGCAGGCCACUGCAGCUGAAGCACCAGGCUGGGUGGGCCGAGGGCUUGCUGGGCUGGCUUUGCUUUCCCCGUGGGGCCGCGGCUCUGUUGACCAGUGAGAUGUGUGGCCACGUGCGAGCAGAGUGUACCCGCGAAGGUCUGAGACCCUGAAACACUGUGGAUUUCCGCCAGCAUCACCGAGGGUCAUGCCUGCUGGGCACAGGGCUUCCCAAACCAGGCAGCUUCUGUUUUCCCUCUGCCUGUGUCCCUGUUUGUUGGCAGCCAGGAGACUUGCAAGGAUUGGUGACUGACGGAGAGGACCCGGUGUGCUGUGCUGUGUGCUCUGUGCACAGGGUCCGUCUCUCUGUUUCACAAGUGGGCUCCGCUUCCCCUCCGCAUACGAUCCCAUGUCCUGAUGCCACUAGUGAGUGUUCAUCAGCUCAGACCCCAUCCGGGAGCCUCUGUAGCAGAAAUUCACCGUUGAGAGGCUCUAGACUUCUGUAGCUCAGGAACGUAACUCGUACGUUUGUUUUUUGUGUGCCCGGUUCUGGCGAGAACGCGGGGACGGGGCGGGGGCUCCCCCAUCAGGCGCUGGUCUCACCAGCGCCCCCAGUGCUGCUUUGCUGUGAUGACAUUUGCAUUUCAACACGUGACCGAUACAGAUUGUUUCCUCUUAACUGUUUCAAUGAUGUUUAUCUUAAAAACACGUAGCUUGAGAAUUUAUUUUUGUACUGAUAUUCGUUUGGAUGCGCCACUUUUGGCACCAAACGUGUGUCAUUUUUAUUUCUGUUUUAUAAACAUGUAAAUAAUAGUGAUAACUUGUUAAUAAUAUAAACCUUUAUACCUAAAGUAAACGUAUUCCCUCCCACCCA